AUGAAAGGCAAUGCUCUGUUGGCGCAGGCGUCGCUCGGCUCAGUCAAGGGUCGACUUAUAAGCAUCCCAACGGCCUUGCUGGUGUUUUGGAUAUUUCUCCUCUUGUGGGGGGAACGUCGCAUCUUCGAUCAAAGUGUCAGGCAGUGUCUUUGGCAACAGUGGGAGUCAUGGCCGGCUCACACACAACCUCACCAUGUCCUCCUCGUCGCAGACCCUCAAUUGGUGGACCCGCAUACGUAUCCUGACAGACCGUGGCCACUCUCAAGCUUGACAGUCCUAUACACGGACCGGUAUCUCAGGCGCUCCUACCGGCUCCUACAAGAACACCUUCAACCCGACGCGACCCUGUUCCUUGGCGAUCUGUUUGAUGGAGGCAGAGAAUGGGGCACUGGCGAGUCGAGCUCUCCAGAGCAACGAUACAGGAAGUACGGGUCGCGGUUUUGGCUAAAGGAAUACAUUCGUUUCUCGAACAUCUUCUUGCGCUCCUGGUUGACGGGCUCUUCGGUCUCGCCAGCGGAACCCACAGGCCGUCGCCUUUUAGCCUCGCUCCCUGGGAAUCAUGACCUGGGCUUUGCGGCGGGUAUACAAAUGCCCGUCAAGGAGCGCUUCGAUGCGUAUUUCGGCCCCCUGAACAGAAUCGAUAUUAUCGGCAAUCACUCUUUUGUCCAUCUCGAUACGGUGUCCCUAAGUGCCAUGGAUCAGAUUGAUCCCAAGACCGGAAGUUCAGGGACGGGAGACGGAAGCGCGGCCGCGACUGCUUCCAGCAAAAUCUGGAAACCGGUCGAGGACUUCCUUGCCGAAGCCAAAACUAUCAGAGCCAAGGCCAUUCAACAUACAUGCGAAACAAGAUUCAGCUGGAAGAAUCCUGCUCCCCUAUCGCUCGUCCCGGAAGUACAACGAGCCGAUCAGACUGAAUCCUCGAAGACACCCCAAAACUCACUUUACCCAGUCAGCUCUUCACAGUUCCCAACAAUUAUCCUCUCCCACGUCCCGCUGUACCGCUCCGCUGAGGCCAAUUGUGGACCCAUGCGAGAACGAGGCUCCGCCAUCCCACUGCAGGCAGGGUACCAGUAUCAGAACGUCCUAACGCCGCUGAUAUCAAACGACAUAGUCAAGCACCUGACUGCCGAAGAAAUCACCAUGAUCUACUCAGGCGACGACCACGAUUACUGCGAGAUCGAACACAACGAAUUCACUGGCCGGAUCAGAGAAAUCACCGUCAAGAGUAUAAGUUGGGCCAUGGGCAUCCGCAAACCCGGUGUCCAACUCGUUAGCCUGUGGAAUCCCGUCGGCGUGGACAAAGCCAUGUCCAAUGACCCGAAACUAUCAACUCCGCGAGACACGGUGCAGAACCACAUGUGUCUCCUCCCGGACCAACUGAGCAUCUUCAUCCGCUACGGGCAAGCAGCAGGGCUGACGCUCUUCAUCCUCCUCCUGAGCGCUCUUCGAUAUAACCCUUCAGCCGCAGUCUCCCAGGCGCAGCACGAGAAGUCAGAGGCCUCUCUCCUCCCGACCGCUGAAUCCCGCCGCGCCCAUGAAUCCAGUAACCACUCCAAUAGCUCGUGCGUCCAGAGUGGCGGAAGCUCACACUCGCACUCACACCUCUUCACGCGCAAACCGGGCUACGGUCACAUCCCAGCCUCAUCGCGCACGGCGUCGCCCGUGCCCUCGAAACCUCCAUACAUCGAGCACGCCCGGAACGCGUACCCCAUAGGACCCGUGGACGUCGCCGGCAACAACGACGACGACGACUGGGGCAUGCCCAAACGGAUGGUUGCGAUGGCGAAGCGCAGGAAUUUGCCGCCCGCGACAAGACUUGCGUAUUUGCGCCGUGAAAUAGGACGGACCGCGUGGCCGGUGUUGGCGGUCUAUAUGUGGUUAUUAUGGAACGGAUGA